UUGACAGUAUCCAACGUGGUAUAAAGCCGAUGGUUAGGCAUUAUUAUUAUCAUAAAUAAUUUACCUCCAUAUAUUGUAACAAAUUAUAAAGUAUAAAAUAAGUUAUUUACUGAUUAUAGUUUACCAAAUUAUUAUUUUUCUAUCAAAAUUUUAUUUAUAGUUAGAAUAUUUUCUAUAAAUCAUCAAAGAUGCACCAUAUAAGUCUAUUUUCAAUUGUUGUUUUCUUUACUCUAAGUUUUCUAUCCUCACAAGCAUUAAAAGAAGGAGAAUGCGAAGUCUGUGUGGCAACAGUACAAAAAUUUGCAGCUCUUUUGGCUGAUGAUGUAAAAAAAGAUCCUAAAAAAAUUGAAACAGAGUUCAAGAAAUUCUGUAAAAAAACUAAAUCCAAAGAAAACAGAUUUUGUUACUAUCUAGGUGGUUUAGAAGAAUCGGCCACUGGAAUUCUAGGAGAAUUAAGUAAACCAUUAUCAUGGUCUCUCCCUGCAGAUAAAAUUUGUGAAAAAUUGAAAAAAAAAGACGCACAAGUUUGUGAACUCAGAUUCGAUAAACAAAUUGAUCUUAAUAAAGUAGACAUAAAGAAACUAAAAGUACGAGAUUUGAAGAAAAUCCUUAGCGAUUGGGAUGAAACUUGUGAUGGAUGUAUUGAGAAAACAGACUAUAUUAAGAGAAUUGAAGAACUUAAACCACAAUAUGCAACACCUAGUUCAAAAACUGAACUCUAAAUUGCAAUUUCCUAGACUUGUGAAUGAAUUGUGUUCAAAAUUCUAUUUAAAAAAUUGAUUUUUUCACUACUUUUAUGAUAACAGUUUGAUGGUGAUAAUGAAGCCAGUAAUAUUUAUUUUUUCAUUUAAUAAAAGAAUAAUUAAAUAAAAAAUAAUUUUUUUCAAUAAAAGUUAAAUGGUAUAGGUGCAACAACUAAAGGACUGCUAAUAGACUCGUUAAAGUGCUUAGAAGUACAUAAAUUGUGUAAAAUACUUGAUUUUUACAUCAAAAAGAUACGAAAUAAUUGAAUUAUGAGCUGCAUUAUUUUUAAUGCAACUACAAAUUAUUGAAUUUAUGAAUCAUAAGAGUAAUGUAAUUUUAAAAUUUGUAUAUCAAAUGAUUAUUACCUUUGUAAUCUCAAGAAUAAACUUUAGGAUUAAUUUAA